AUGGCGUGGAGAAGUCACGGCGUAAACAAUGCAGAUAUGAUUCGAAAUCUACGGGGUAACGGAAUUAUUAAAUCCGUCGCUGUUGCUAAUGCUAUGACUGCUGUUGAUCGAAAGAAUUAUUGCCCCCAUGCUCCUUAUCAAGAUUCACCACAGUCAAUAGGGUAUUCUGCUACAAUUAGUGCUCCACAUAUGCAUGCCCAUGCAUUAGAAAGAUUACAACCGCAGCUGAUUCCUGGUGAAAAAGCUCUCGAUGUUGGAUCUGGGACUGGAUAUCUAACAGCAUGCAUGGCAAUCAUGCUUGGGGAAUCAGGAAGAGUUGUUGGAAUAGAUCACAUCCCAGAACUGGUGACCCUAGCAACAAAGAAUAUUCAAAAUGACAAUCCGGAACUUCUCACAUCAGGAAGAAUUAAGCUGAUAGCUGGGGAUGGUCGACUAGGAUACCCAGAUGAAGCACCUUACAAUGCCAUUCAUGUUGGAGCUGCAGCUCCCACUUUACCUCAGGCAUUAAUAGAUCAACUUAAACCUGGAGGUCGUCUUAUUGUACCUGUUGGUCCAGAAGGUGGUGAACAACAUCUUACUCAGGUGGACAAGGCAGCUGAUGGCACAACAACAGUUAAGAAGCUCAUGAGUGUCAUAUAUGUACCACUGACUGAUAAAGACCACCAAUAUCGUGCUUGGCGC